GCCGCCCGUAGCCGAGGAUGUUUUGAACUGGCGUUGAGCCUCCCCAACAAGAGUCGCUGGUCUACUUUUUUUUUCUUCCUGUCACAGGCUUUUCCGUACAGGCGUUUUCUAUUCGAUAUGGAUUUGUCAAAGCAUAUUGGAUGCCUCUCGCAAUGGCCAGCCCAUAUCGCCCCAGGCCUGCCUACUUAUGGAGCGCUGUUCCUCCUGGCGACUGGUGGGCUGGUUAUUGCCUACAAGGUCUGGACGUUCGUGCGGGUGCUUCUUAGCCUGUUCGUGCUUCCCGGCAAACCGCUCCGCUCGUUCGGUCCCCCUGGUAGCUGGGCCGUGGUGACAGGCGCCUCGGAUGGCCUGGGCAAGGAAUUCGCGCUGCAAUUGGCAAAGUCAAAGUUCAACGUCGUUCUCGUAUCCCGCACAGCUUCGAAGCUCGCAGCUCUGUCGGAGGACAUCGCCAAGCAGUUCCCCCAGGUACAGACCAAGACGCUGGCAAUGGAUUUCUCGCGCAAUGCCGAUGCCGACUACGAGGCCCUGAACGAACUUGUCUCCCAGCUCGACGUCUCGGUGCUGGUCAACAAUGUUGGCCUGAGCCACUCCAUUCCCGUUCCAUUCGCGCAGACCCCCGCCGCAGAGAUGGCCGAUAUCGUCACAAUCAACUGCACCGGUACCCUGCGUGUCACCCAGCUUAUCGUUCCUGGCAUGAUGCAGCGCCGUCGCGGUUUGAUUCUGACUAUGGGCUCCUUCGGCGGUCUCCUCCCCACUCCCUUCCUUGCCACUUACUCCGGCAGCAAGGCUUUCCUGCAGCACUGGUCCACCGCUCUUGGCGGCGAGCUAGCCCCCUAUGGCAUUGAUGUUGAACUUGUUCAAGCCUACCUGAUUACCUCUGCCAUGUCCAAGAUCCGUCGUGCCUCCGCCUCUAUCCCCACUCCUCGCGCUUUCGUUCGCUCUGUUCUCUCGAAGAUCGGUCGCAGUGGUGGCUCGCCUUCCUACGCUUACAGCUCGUCCCCUUACUGGAGCCAUGGUAUUAUGGCUUGGUUCUUGACUUCUGUUGUCGGAACCAUGGGCGAGUUCGUUCUCGGACAGAACAAGUCUAUGCACGAGAGCAUCCGCAAGCGCGCUCUGCGCAAGGCUGAGCGUGAGAAUGCCAAGAAAAGCACUUAA